GUCCCAGAAGGACGUUACGCCACAUGACGCGCUCAAUCCACUCGACCUCACGGAUGCCGCCGAGCCAGCGUCGUGAGUUUUACACGGACGUCGCCAUGAACCGAGGGCAGAGCAGCGCCCUCGCCAGGGAGAGGCUUCCCGUGUUCAAGGUCUUCGUGACGAGACUCCACCUCGACACGACGGACGAGCACGUGAGGCACUGCGUCCGAGAGGCGACGGGCGCGGACCCCGUCGCCGUGCACCGGAUCGCGCCCCGGGAAGGACAGAACAUCGUGUCAUACAAGGUCACGUGCCACAUGAGGCACAAGGAGGCGCUUCUGCUGCCGGAGACGUGGCCGCAGUACUCCCGCUUCAGAGAAUUCGUAGAAAAGGUGGCAAUUCCUCCUGCGCCCGUGCAGCGGACGACGGGCGAGCAGAGAGUCCGGGCCCAGUGGCGCUGACGUGGAUCCUCGCCUUCUUCCCAGCGUUGUCUCCUCUGCUGUAGAUGUUGAGAUGUUGUGCUCGAAAGAUGUCUGACGUCAUCCCAUCCCCUCUGAAGAUUUGUGUAUCCUUCUGUUUGCAAGAUGCUAAAGAUUCGGUAACUUUGCAUUGCAUACUCAGGAUCAUUUUCAAAAGGAAAAUUUGAAAUUGAAUAUUAUUUAUAUGGUAAGAAUGCUGUUGUUGUUUGUAAUCCAUCACAAGGAAAUAAAUGUUAUUUAUACGUCUAC